CCUUGAUCACUGGCACAAGCUCAACGAUUAUGCAGAUGACGAACCUCACGCCGCGUUCGUUCAGCUCGUUUUUCAUCGGCAUGACCUUGGCCACUGCAAUGCAUGGCUGCACUUGUGCUCAGCUCAUGUAUUAUCUCAGACAUUACUCAGACAGAGACGGUUCGACUAUGCGAAGCCUGAUCAUACUUCUCUGGGCACUAGAUACGCUGUCGACAAUCAUGAGUGUAGAUGGUAACUGGUACUAUAUGGUUCAAAAUCAUGGUACAACGUCUAUAUCGUCACUGCCGAGAUCCUCAGCGCUAGAACACCUCACCUCUGCUACUGUUACAUUUGCUGUGCGGAGUUUCGACAUCUUCACGUUGUGGAAACUGUCUCGGCGGCAACGGUGCAGAGUACCAUUAGUUGUGACAUCCGUUAGUCAGUGCGGAUGAUCACCAUAUCGUGUGUAUUGACGUG